AUUCCCAAUGCAGCUCUCAUGAUUUCCAUCAUGUCACAUCCAUGAUACAAGUUUGGAUAACGUAUGGAUGUUCAGAAGCUGUUAAGGAUUUUUACCACUCUGUAACACACAAUCAGAACGAAGAAAAGCGAUACGACUGUUUAGACAUAUCUGUGGACUAUUCAAGUGUUCGCCAUCAUGAUGAUACUGUACAUUUAGCGAUCGACAGUCAUUACAAUAAGUGGUAUCCAGAUGUUCAUCACGUGGUCGGAAGCGCACAUCGUCAUGACUGCACUGAAGAAGUCCUUCGUUGGGUAGAAAAUCUAAUAAGAACAACUACUACCAAAGCUACAACGAUAAAUGCUGCAACUACUAUGACAACUGGUGGAAUAACUACAACUUCCCAAUCUCUUAAGCCUGGGACCAGCAUGAACAGUGCCAAUCAAUGUGACCAAGUGACUCAUAAAAAUCAUGCUAUUGUAUUGUUGAAUGGACUUAUCAGGCACACUCAUUUUAGCGUCGUUGAGAAACUUUACUUAGAACUAGCUCUAGGCUUUUCAGAGCAUACAGCAGUUGGUCGGCGCCACACUCGUCAAGCUAAGUUACAUGGUGCCUCUGGAUAA